AUGAUCUCUGCAUACUUCAUCUUCAACCAAAAGGGAGAAGUGCUCAUCUCUCGCCUGUUCAGGUCAGAUCUCAAGAGGAGCAUUGCAGAUAUUUUCAGGAUUCAGGUGGUGUCGAAUCCGGAUGUGAGGUCUCCUAUCAUUACACUCGGCAGUACCAGCUUCUUUCAUGUUCGGCAUGAGAACAUCUAUGUCGUUGCUGUCACAAAGUGAGUUGUCCGAGGCUUUUGAGCCGAGCGCGAGGCCUCUACGGCGCAGAUUGCGAGCUGAUACUUGUUCUCUUUGUAUCAUUCUGCUGCUCAGAUGCAAUGCAAAUGCAGCCCUCGUCUUCGAAUUCCUCUACAGGUCCAUCCAGAUCGGUAGAUCCUACUUUGGAAAGUUCGAUGAGGAAGGCAUCAAGAACAACUUUGUGCUGUUCUACGAGCUGUUGGAUGGUGAGCACAGCGUACUCCUCGCUCUUCUCGGAGCCGUUUGUGGCAAAGGGCUGGUCAUUGUGAAAGCGUCGUCGCUCGAGCUGACACCGCUGCGCUCAAUGACACUGAGCGCAAGGGCGAGCGUUGCACAUGCGAGCGGAUGUGACGGAGGCGUGCGCCAACUCACGCCGCCAGCUUUGUCGCAGCAUUGAGGCCCCUACUGAACCAUUCGUAACCUUCGUCUCCUCGUGCAGAAAUUCUGGACUUUGGAUAUCCGCAGAACAGCGAGACGGACACUUUGAAGAUGUACAUCACCACAGAAGGGGUCAAAUCCGAACAGGCUGUGCGAGAGGACUCUGCAAAGAUCACCAUUCAAGCUACGGGUGCUACGAGCUGGAGGAGGGCAGAUGUCAAGUACCGGAAAAAUGAGGCUUUUGUGGAUGUAGUCGAGAAUGUCAAUCUGUUGUUGAGCUCGAAGGGUGAGUGGUCGCCAUCCUAUCGGUCCACUCAAAGGACUCAAGAACUUGGCUGACUGGUCAUACACUUGCCGGACUGCUCUCUGGUAGGCACCGUGCUGAGGGCAGAUGUGGAUGGCAGAAUAUUGGUCCGAGCAUACCUUUCUGGUACGCCGGAAUGCAAAUUUGGUCUCAACGACAAGCUCGUGCUGGACAAAGCUGACAAGAGGAGAGGGGCCAGCGGUGGCGCAGCGAGCAGCAGCUUGGGAAGCGAAGCGUCAGAGGUGGAGCUGGACAGCUGUCAAUUUCAUCAAUGCGUCAAGCUGAACAGGUUCGACACUGAUCGGAGCAUCAGCUUCACUCCGCCGGACGGAGAAUUUGAGCUCAUGCGGUAAGCCGAUCUCGAUUCAUGAUGAGCGAGCAAGUCACUUUCUGACACUCAGCGCAUCUGUUUGGCCUUUGCGGCCUUCAGGUACCGAUCGACCACAAACGUCAACUUGCCAUUCAAAGUGCAUCCUAUCGUCGAGGAGGUCUCGAAGAGCAGGGUGGAGUACAACAUUAAUGUUAAGGCAAACUUUGACUCAAAGCUUAGCGGGACCAACAUCGUCUUGAGAAUACCCUGCCCGCACAAUACCACCAACGUCAAAUGCGAGGCUCUACUGGGAAAGGCCAAAUACGUGCCCAGCGACGGAAUGAUUGUCUGGAAGUGAGUAGAAGCGCUCUUGAGUUUUGGUGCAGCCGAAGCUGGCACUCGCGUGGCUGACUUGAUGUGUCCUCACUGGCCAUGUAGAAUCCCCAAGAUGCAAGGGAUGACAGAGACGUCUCUUCAAGCGGAUUUGGAGAGGAGCGCCACCACAACUCAGAAGACUUGGUCAAGAGCUCCCAUAGAGGUUGACUUUCAGGUCCUCAUGUUCACCGCGUCUGGACUGCUGGUCAGGUUUCUCAAGGUGUUUGAGAAGGGCAACUGUGAGUUUUGACUUGGCGAGCUGACAUCACGAUCGAUCCUGCAAAGCUCACGCUUCUCUCCUAUGUGCGAACGGACUCGAUGUAUAGAUCAAAGUGUCAAAUGGGUUCGCUAUCUUACAAAAGCGCAGGGCACUUAUUCUAUUCGAUUUUAG